AUGGUGGACGUCACCGCGAUACCCGAUUUUGACUCUUUGUCUCCGGUAGGAGACCUACCUCAGGGCUGCGUCUGGGGACUCUUCGACCAGAAUGGGACAAAAGACCGAGUAGGCUGCCUCAAUCUACUCACAGAAGAUGUAGUGCGGGAGGCUUGCAAGCUAGCUCGCGACGGGGUGUCCAUCUCACUGAAUUGGCCGUUAGGGGCCUUCAAGAUUCCACCGUUUGGACGCAUAGGUCUCGCGCACAAUGUCCAUGCGUUCAAGGAUACACCUUUCAACGUCCAUGCCUUCGAGGAUGAGGUUUCAUUCAAUACACAGGGAUCCAGUCAAUGGGACAGCCUUGUCCACUUCGGUCACCAAGCUACAGGGCUUGCCUAUAAUGGCGCAGCACCUUCCCAGCAAGCUCUGCUGCAGCAUUCAGACCACCGUAGCUCGAUGCCGACACUCGAGCACUGGCACGAUCGCGGUUGUCUCGUCGGCCGAGGAGUGCUACUGGAUUAUCGGGCAUGGGCCAGUGCGACGGGCAGAAAAUACAACUGCUUCGAAUCCCACACCAUCAGCAUCCAGGAUCUUGUGGCCAUCGCCAAGCAUCAAGGAACACGCCUCCGGACCGGUGAUAUUCUCCUCAUAAGAUCUGGCUACACUGAGGACCUCAGUGCCGUCAACGGAGAAGAGCAGCAGAAGCUGCUCACCACAGGGCGGGCAAUCGGAGUCGAGGGCACUGUUGAGGCUGCCAGAUGGAUGUGGAACCACCAUUUCUCCGCCGUAGCUGGAGAUAUGAUAGCUUUUGAGGUCCUGCCUCCCCUGGUAGCCUCCGAAAACAAUCGCGAAGGUGGGACGCGCGACUUAGUUCUACACCAGUAUUUUCUGAGUUUCAUGGGGCUACACAUUGGAGAGCUUUGGGACCUUAAAGCGUUGGGAGAGCAUUGCCAAAAGGUCGGACGGUACGAGUUUUUGCUCACCAGUACACCCUUGAAUGUUCCCGGGCUGGUGGGCUCGCCACCAAAUGCCGUGGCUAUCUUCUGA